CUUGUCGCCCCGGCAUCAUCGCAAUGCCGAGACGCUCAAGGCACUGGUGAUUGUCAAAAAGGACGGGAAAAUCCCAUACUUAUCAGCACAAGCAAACGACGUCGACGAUGGUCACAGAUGAGGACAAUGCGACGAUAGAGCGUAUGGUGAGCGAGGGCAAGUCGGCCAUGGCGAUUCGCGCUGCUGUACCCAACGUGUCGCGUACAAACGUCUAUCUCAAGAUCGCAAAGUUCAAGAAGCAUGGUACCGUGGGUCGCGUGCAGACAAAGACACUGGGCAGGCCGCGUGCCAUGAGCGAAGGAGUCGACAAGUUCUUGCAAGGGUUGCUUGCUGCCAAACCAGACAUGGAGUUGGAUGAGAUGCGCCGCCAUCUGCAGAAGGAGUUGCAACUGACGGUAUCCAUGUCGACCAUCUCACGCGCCAUCGCUCGCGCCGGUAUCGCCAGUGGUCAGAGACCUGUUCGUACACGCACCACGACCUCGACCACGACCGCAAAUGCCGCUCCUCGUCGUCGCGCUGCCAACAAGGUCAUUGCCCAGAGAGAGCCCGAUCACUCUCUACCGCAGCAACCUCUUCUGCCUCUUCACAUGCCUGAACAUGUCUCGAUUGACCACCUCACUGAGCUCCCUGCCGAUGCCCACCUUCUCGACCCUUGGCAAGACUUGACAAUAUCCACCUCCCAACAUCCGCAUACACAUCAUCAGCUGCAUCCACACCAUAUGCAUGCGCUCGAUCCUUCCCUUGCCUCGGCUUACCAUAACGCUGCUGUAUAUCACAACCUGUACGCAGACCCAGAUCCUCAUGUCAUGGCUAUGACUACCGAGCCUCUGGAUGUCUACAGAAGUCCUUAUGCUCCUAUCUGAGCACAGUACGGACACACGCAGCAUACUGCUGUCUGAAUGUCGGAAUGCAAUACGAUCACGAAGUCACGA